CCCCACCUCUCCCCCUACUGUAGUUUUCACUUCAUGCUCACUGUGCCAAAACAUGAUGAACAAAUUCAACCCUAUGGGAAUUCCUCCUCCCAGCUUGCUAGCGUCAGCUACAUCUGUGUCUUUCAGCCAGAAUGCGUCCAGCAGCAGCAGCAGCAGGGACUCGGCUCAGAUAUCGGGCUGUCUCUCCGUGACAUUCUGCUUCAGCCUACUGUAGAGGCAGCACAGAUCUUCUCUUCUCUGCUCCGUGGAAGAGAAAGUUCCCUUCUGUUCUUUGGUACCUGAGCAGAAUCAUCUCUAAUUCACGAGGAACGCUGCUGUUCAACUUGAGAUACUUUUCUCAUUCGGACAAACGGAGCUGAGCGGGAAUUGAUGCUGCGCUCGACACACUCGGUGCUUUCUGGUGUCCACCCUGUCCUUCGUUCUCCUCCUCCUCCUCCUCCUCUGCCUCUUUGCUCAGACUGGAUCUUUCUGCUAUGCAAGGGGUCAAGUCAGCAGGAUGUCUUCUCCACCAGACCUCUCCUCAGCUUUGUUCUGAUCGCGUUCCUUGGUGAAGCACUUAACCCAGAGGCUUCCCAGGCAAAACAAAGGGAUUAACAAUGAACUUUGCUUCCACUGAUGGGUGGCGUUCAACAAAACUGAAGCCUGAGAUCCAAUCAAAGACAAGUGUGAAAUACCUUUCUGGAAAUGACACAUCUACGCACAUUUGCUAUGGAUGGAUUCCACUAAAAAAAGAAAGAGGACCAUGGAAGGAGAAAACAUAGUUAACUCCACGAUGAACAGCAGCGUGAUGGAAUUCCAACUAGUCACUCACAGUCUCUGGGAGGUAAUCACCAUUGCCACUGUGUCAGCCAUUGUCAGCCUCAUCACCAUUGUGGGGAAUGUUCUUGUCAUGCUCUCCUUCAAAGUCAACAGCCAACUGAAGACAGUGAAUAACUACUAUCUGCUGAGUCUGGCAGCUGCUGACCUCAUUAUUGGUGUUUUCUCCAUGAAUCUGUACACCUCUUACAUUCUGAUGGGCUACUGGGCCUUGGGGAACCUUGCCUGUGACCUGUGGUUGGCACUGGACUAUGUAGCUAGUAACGCCUCAGUCAUGAACCUGCUGGUGAUCAGUUUUGACCGAUAUUUCUCCAUCACCAGGCCUCUGACCUACAGGGCCAAACGGACUCCCAAACGAGCUGGAAUCAUGAUCGGUUUGGCUUGGUUGGUGUCUCUGAUCCUGUGGGCGCCACCUAUUCUUUGCUGGCAAUACUUUGUUGGGAAAAGGACGGUUCCUGAGAGGCAGUGCCAGAUCCAAUUUUUCUCUGAGCCAGUGAUAACAUUUGGAACAGCGAUUGCUGCUUUUUACGUUCCUGUCUCAGUUAUGACAAUCCUUUAUGGUCGGAUCUACAAAGAGACGGAGAAGAGGACCAAGGAUCUAGCUGAACUUCAGGGAGUCAACUACUCAACAGAAUCUGCGGAGACACAGCCCCAGAAGACCAUCACCAGAUCUUGUUUUAGUUGUAAACUGAGAUCAGCUUCACACGAUCAGAACCAAGCUUCAUGGUCAUCGUCCAGCAGGAGCAACGCCAAAUCAGCAACUUCUACCAGUGACGAGUGGUCCAAAUCAGGUCAGCUCACCACCUUUAACAGCUAUGCCUCCUCAGAGGACGAGGAACGACCGGCGUCUCCUGGAGGCCUCGGAUCCUCGUUCAGGAACCAUGCUGGUGAGGCCAACAAGAGUAAAACAAGCAAUGAGAGCAAGCAGCUCAGCAGCUAUGCCGAAGACAGUUUCUUCCAGCCACUUCCCAAAAGCAGCUCUCAGAGGAGCAGCAAGUGUGUGUCCUAUAAAUUUAAACCUGCUUCUAAAGAUGCUCACACGGAACUCCAGAGCCAGAGCAAAAACGGAGACACCAAAAUGGUGUCCUCAGCGUUCUCCUCGGCUGAGUCCAUGAGCGCGCCGUCCACCUCUUUGACGUCUAAACCGAUAGAUGCUUCUCUGAAAAACCAGAUCACCAAGAGGAAGAGGAUGGUGCUGAUCAAGGAGAAGAAGGCAGCGCAGACUCUCAGCGCCAUCCUGCUGGCCUUCAUCCUAACAUGGACGCCUUAUAACAUCAUGGUGUUGAUUUCCACCUUCUGCUCCGACUGCAUCCCCCUGUCCCUCUGGCACUUGGGCUACUGGCUGUGCUACGUCAACAGCACCGUCAACCCCAUGUGCUAUGCUCUCUGCAACAAGAACUUUCAAAAGACUUUCCGCAUGCUGCUGCUCUGCCAGUGGAGAAAGAAACGACUUGAGGAGAAACUAUACUGGUGUGGGCAGAACCCUGCAGUCAGCUCCAAGCUGACAUGAACUAAUGUCCAACUUGUAUGUUGUACACUUGCACCAACAGACUGGGAUUCUUCAACUUGGGUGAAUGAAUAAGGUGAAGUGUUACGGGUCGAUCUGUUAUGGACUGACAGGAUUGCUGCUACAAGUCUACAGGAAGAAGAUUAUUACACAAUUUGUGACAGUGUGCAUAGAUUUACAUGUAUUUCCCAUGAAUUUAUAAAAAUUUUGGGCAUCGUGUGUCCAUGUUUUUUUUUUUGUUAAUUUUUUUCAUUUUUUCAUUUGCUGCACUUCCAUCCAACACACAAAGGUCAGUUUAAACCUUCAGAUCUUGUGUUUAUAGUAUUAAUUCCAAAGGGCUAACAUAACGGUUUUUAGCUCACUGAAGCCUUACACACAGUAAUUUGUCACAUCAUUAAAUGUAGAUUCAGCUGCUUACAGUCAUUGUGGCGAUGCAUCAGCUCAUCCCAAUUUAAGAAAUAAAAUGUGAUUUUUACUGAAAGACCAA